AUGAAUGCAAACGGGUUCUUUUUCUUUAAGUUUAAAACUAAGGAAGGGAUGAAUCAAAUGUUAGAGGAUGGUCCUUGGUUGAUCAGAAGUGUACCGAUUAUUUUGAAGGAAUGGUCGCCCUCUAUCAAGAUGGAGAAAGAGGAUAUUAAAGUUGUUCCAAUUUGGGUCAAGAUGCAUGAUGUGCCGUUAACGGCAUUUACCGAGGAUGGUCUUAGCUUGGUUGCUUCUAUGAUUGGGAUUCCUAAGAUGUUGGAUUCGUAUACAGCCAUGAUGUGUGCUGAGUCUUGGGGAAGAAGCAGUUAUGCUAGAGCACUUAUUGAAGUUCAGGCAGGGGUCGAGUUAAAGAAGAGUGUUACUAUUGCAAUCCCAUCUUUGGAUGGUAAUGGUCAUUCAAAGGUAGAGAUCAGAAUUGAGUAUGAUUGGGAGCCUUUAAGGUGUUCCUUUUGCUGUGUUUUUGGUCAUGAUGAUAGCUCGUGCCCAAAGAACCCUCAGCUUACUUCAAGUGGAGAUUCUGAAAAGAAUAAUGAUGAUUUUCAGGGUGUGGGUGCUAAGAAAAAGAAAGUUAAUAACCAAGGCCUCCAUAUGAAAAAUCAGAAGCCUAAGUUAGUUUACAGACCAGUUGUAAAGCCUAAACCAAAGUCGUCCUUAAGGAAUCCGAACCAGGUUUCAACGUCAAACCCAUUUGAAGUCCUUAAGGACGAUGACAGUAAUCAGGGAGGUAGCACUGUGGGUCUAGUGGAGAAGAAAGUUGCGCAGACUAGUAGUGACAUGCAGGAUUCAGAUGAGGAGGAGGUCGAGGAAGUCUAUAAUGAAACUAGUGAAUUUAUGACCUCGGGUACACAUUCGUCUUCUUCGAGAGCUAAGGCUAGCUCCUCUUCCACAAAAUUCUUCAAUGGAUAG